AUGGACCCGCAGUGGCAGGCCUAUGCUGAUGCCACUUCUGGCCGUCCAGGUCAGUUUAACAAUGGUCUUGGGGAUCAUCCCCCACAAACACAGAAAUACCCGGCUACAAGUGCUGGUAGUGGAGGACAACCCCAGCAGCAUCAGCACCAGCAGCAAAAUCAAGCUCCUAUGGGAUACACGUACGAACCAUAUCAGACUCCAGGAACAGUGCCCAAAGUGCCAUCUGGUAAUUCGAUGUCGAAGACGGUAUCCAUGACCUCGUCUCCAACCCCUCUCGCUGGCGAGUUCACAGAUCAGGAUGUCACCAUGGAAGACGCCGAUCCUUAUAACCGUGCGAAAUACGCUGCCAAACCGAGUCAUCAACGUGGCUCGUCACAGUUUCUAUCGAGUGAAGAAUCCACGGCUGCGCGCAGAUAUUCUCCCAUGAACGUUAUUUCUCCUACCCAGUCUUACACCGCUAGUCCCAAUACCUCUCAUAACCCAUACACUUUUCCUCCAGCUGGGUCAUCGAGCUCUCGGCCGUCACCUACGAGAGCCAAUACAUAUUCCUCGCCGCCUCAGAACUACCAAUCUUCGCCAUCAGCAACCGGUGGCACCUCCCGUCAGCAACCCCGUUUGCCUAAUCUACAGCCUGCGGAAAUGGGUCCGGACCAGUUCUAUCCCCAUUCUACAGCUCCUCAGACCAACCCGGCCUUUGGACAGGGCGUAAAACCUAGAGGCCAAGCACCACUGCAUAAUAUCCUACUGCCACAGCAACAACACCAGAGGGGGCCGGUACCCAAGUUCGUGAAGGUCAAAUCGACACAGGAGCUGAAACCAAGGAUAAAUGCCCAACCUGCAUUUCGACGUGCUAAUCCCGAAGGUGGAUUCAUCAGUCCCUUGCAAGCCUUGACUACGCACUUACCGUCGACUUAUCGAAUAUGUAAUCCAUCGUUCAAGUAUGAGUCUUCGAGGAAUCCUCGCCGCGUGCUUACAAAACCAAGUAAAGGCGUCAAAAACGAUGGUUAUGAUAACGAUGACAGCGACUAUAUUCUGUAUGUCAACGAUAUUCUCGGAAGUCAAGGGACGUUCGGCCAAGUUGUGAAAUGUCAAAACCUAAAAACUCAGGAGGUUGUGGCGGUCAAAGUUGUCAAAAAUAGAACUGCCUACUUCAAUCAAAGUAUGAUGGAGGUGUCGGUUUUGGAUCUGAUCAACAGCAAACUUGACAAAAACGAUGAUCAUCACUUGCUCCGCCUAAGGGAUACCUUUAUCCAUCGACAACAUCUUUGUUUAGUCUUUGAGUUGCUCAGUGUGAAUUUGUACGAACUGAUCAAACAGAAUCAAUUCCGCGGCCUCAGCACUACCCUUGUGCGUGUAUUCGCACAACAAUUACUCAAUGGUCUGUCGCUCUUAAAUAAGGCCCGCCUAAUACAUUGCGAUCUAAAACCUGAAAAUAUUCUGCUGAAAAACCUCGAAAGUCCGAUAAUAAAAAUUAUCGAUUUCGGAUCAGCAUGUGACGAGAGACAAACUGUUUACACGUACAUCCAGUCCAGAUUUUACCGCUCGCCCGAAGUUCUCUUAGGUCUACCCUAUUCGUCGGCCAUUGACAUGUGGUCUUUGGGUUGUAUUGUUGUUGAGCUUUUCCUGGGCCUUCCAUUAUUUCCUGGUUCUUCUGAAUACAACCAAGUGUCCCGGAUCACCGAAAUGCUAGGAAUGCCUCCGAAUUGGAUGCUUGAAAUGGGCAAACAAUCAGGAGAAUUUUUUGAGAAAACGCAAGAUGAGUUUGGCCGUCGAACUUACAGACUUAAGAGCAUGGAACAGUACUCUCGCGAACACAACACGAAAGAGCAGCCAAGCAAAAAGUAUUUCCAGGCAACGACACUACCGGAAAUCAUUCGUAGUUACUCGAUGCCAAGAAAGAAUAUGAAGCAGGCGGAGAUCGAUCGAGAAAUGAAUAACCGCGUCGCAUUUAUUGAUUUCGUUCGAGGUCUUUUGAACAUCAAUCCUCUUGAGAGAUGGUCGCCACAACAAGCAAAACUCCACCCUUUCAUCACUCAACAAAAAUAUACCCAACCUUUCGUACCCCCAAUGAACCUCAAGUCCUCAGCGUUGAACAAGACCAUUGCGCCUGGUGUACAGCAACAACAACAAGCGGAAGCUGCCAGUAAGCAACGUGCCGCUCAGGCGCAAGCUCAGGCUCAAUCCGCAGCACAGUCGUAUGCUCUCCAGAUGAAUAACCAUUACACUCCAUCCGCACAUGGACAACCCCCACCGGUUUACAACAACAUGUACAAUCCUCAUCAACAAGGCGCACCACCACCAUACCCUUCCCAGCCGGGUGCAUACGGCCAUCAAAUGCCGAUAAUGCAACAGCAAGCCAGCCAUAUGCCUCAGCAGCAAUUUGCAGCUUCCCAAAGUCUUUAUGCUCAAGCUACAACUCGAGCUGGGCGGCAGCGAGCAUCUACUAUGGACCAACAGCAAGGCGGGAUACCUCAGUCGAUCCAACGAGUCGCAAGCCACCUUGAUCCGAACGCGCCAAUUCGAUUACAGCCAAGCCCUGCAUACUACCCACCACCAGCUGAUGGUUAUGCUGAUACUUCUACUGCCGCUGCUGGACGCCGGAGGGGGAGCCGGACUGGAGCUAGUGGGACUGGGACCCAUGGACGCAAUAAUAGGGAUUUCAUCCGGACACUUGAAGAUGGAGCAAUGGGCGAUAACUUUAUGAGCCAGAAUCAGUGGCAUUGA